GGGUGGGGGUCGGUUGGGGGGAAUGUUGUGACAUCGACUUUGACGAGAUAUCCUAUCCUAUCUCUCAUCUUUCCCUGUCUCUCUCUCUCCUCAGAUCAUUACUGUUCUACCAAACAAAAGAACCAAAACACAAACACUACACAAAAAUGGCCAUCACCAAGGUUUUCGCUCGUCAGAUCUUCGACUCCAGGGGUAACCCCACCGUCGAGGUUGACCUCCACACCGAGAAGGGUCUUUUCCGAACCCAGGUUCCCUCGGGUGCCUCCACCGGUGUCCACGAGGCCGUCGAGCUCAGGGAUGGUGACAAGUCCGCCUACAUGGGCAAGGGUGUCACCAAGGCCGUCUCGAACGUCAACGACAUCAUCGCCAAGGCCCUCAUCGAGUCGGGUCUCGAGGUCACCCAGCAAAAGGAGAUCGACGACCUCCUCAUCAAGCUCGACGGAACCCCCAACAAGGGCAAGUUGGGAGCCAACGCCAUCCUCGGUGUCUCGAUGGCCGUCAGCGAGGCCGGUGCCGCCCAGAAGGGUGUCCCCUUGUACCAGCACUUGGCCGAGAUCGCCGGCGUCCAGGCUCCUUUCGCCUUGCCCACCCCGUCGUUCAACGUCAUCAACGGAGGAUCCCACGCUGGUAACGCCUUGGCUUUCCAGGAGUUCAUGAUCUUGCCCACCGGUGCCGAAUCGUUCACCGAGGCCAUGAAGAUGGGUUCCGAGACCUACCACCACCUCAAGAAGGUCAUCAACAAGAAGUACGGAAUCGAUGCCACCAACGUCGGUGACGAGGGUGGUUUCGCCCCCAACGUCUCGGGUCCCGAGGAAUCCCUUGAGCUCUUGAUGGAGGCCAUUAAGUCCGCCGGUUACGAGGGCAAGAUCUCGAUCGCCCUUGAUGUCGCUUCGUCCGAGUUCUACAAGGACGGCAAGUACGACUUGGACUUCAAGAACGAGAACUCGGACAAGUCCAAGUGGUUGUCCGGUGAGGAGCUCGCCGCUCUUUACAACAGCUUCAUCGAGAAGUACCCGAUUGUCUCCAUCGAGGACCCCUUCGACCAAGACGACUGGGAGGCGUGGUCGCACUUCACCAAGAACUCGCAGAUCCAGAUCGUCGGUGACGAUUUGACCGUGACCAACACCUCCAGGAUCAAGACCGCUAUCGAGAAGACGGCUUGUAACGGAUUGUUGCUCAAGAUCAACCAGAUCGGAACCAUCUCCGAGUCUAUCCAGGCCGUUCAGCUCUCUCAGAGCGCAGGAUGGGCUAUCAUGACCUCCCACAGGUCCGGUGAGACCGAGUCCACCUACAUCGCCGACUUGGCCGUUGCCUUGAGGACCGGUGAGAUCAAGACUGGUGCUCCCUGCAGGUCCGAGCGAGUCGCCAAGUACAACCGUCUCCUUCAAAUUGAGGAGGAACUCGGCUCCAACGCCUUCUACUCCGGUACCCAGGGUCUCUCCAAGGGUACCACCGCCCCCGCCCUCAAGCAGUAGAUUCGUCCGUGCUAGUCGACUAGUAUGUGUGAUACGUUUCGCUGCUUGUAUGCUUGAUCGCGCCUAUUGUGGAGCGAUUAGUUCCAGACAAAGAAUAUAGAAUGUCAUUUACGUAGGCGUUUCGAUGUGGUUGGUAUCGACCUGGAUAAUACUUGCCCAACCAAACGAGCUUCCCGUCAUACGAAACGGCUCGGAAGAUCGCCUCUCCAUUCAUGUUCCUGAUCCAUCACCUUGCUUCCCCUUUGCUAUGAAAGUGAUCGAUCAAGAAGGGCCUGAGUGAUGUCAAGGCGAGCUCCGCCUUGGCGCUUGCGAUUACGAUUGUCGGGUUUGACGGUUCGAUGCAAUACUGAAAGGAGACG